AUGGCCGGACUUAAAGGACUCGUCGUCUUGGCUUUUAUGGGCUCGGUGGGUAUGACCCUUGUCAUUCUCAGCUGCGCAACACCGAGUUUGGGAGCCGUUUGGUGGCCCUUCUUUGUGGUUAUUUUCUACUUUCUAGCACCGGUGCCCGUUUUAUUCGCAAACCGAUACAGUGAGACGUUACAGAUGUCCACUUCUACCACACCUAAAGAUGUGGCCCUAUUUUUCACCGCUGGUAUUGUCAUCUCGGCAUACGGAUUGCCAAUCAUUCUCGCCCGUGCACCAAUCUUGGAACCAGUGAUUCACACUGGAGCGUGUGCACUGGUGCUGAUGGGCAAUACCGUGGUAUUUCUCACCAUUCUUGGGUUUUUCUACUCUUUCAGCUCGGAAAACAACGCAAGCGGAUACUUUUAA